AUGUUAACAAAUCCAAAUUGUGAAUUUGAAUUAAAUUUUAUUUCAUUCAAUACACUUGGUCAAUGGUUUCAAUCAUUAAGAAUAAAUGAAAGUAGAAAUCAAAUUGAUGAUGUUGAUGAUAAAAGUAGUCUUCAAACAUCUGAAAUUUAUCAAAUUGAUCAUUCUCCACAAGAAAUGAAUCCAAAAUCAGCUGGAUCAUCAUUAAUAAUUAAUGAAGAUUCUCAUGAUUCAAUAAAUGAAAGUCAAACAUCAACUGCAUCGUCAAAAAUUCAUAUAAUGGAAUGUGAUGCAAGUAGUACUUCGAGUGAUUUAAUAUUAGAUGAUAUAAGAUUACUUGUUGAAUUAUUUUAUUUACUUAAUGAACAUAGACCAAAUGCUCAAGAAAUGUUUAUUAAUUUUUAUUGGCUUAGAUUUAAUUAUAAUCGAAAUGAAAAAUCAAAUGAAUGGCGUUGUUGCGCUUCAGUAUUUUAUAAUAAUGUAAAAAAUUUUAAUCGUCUUGUUCAACGAUUAAUAAUAAUUCAUAGUCGAUCAUUAAUCUAUAAUGUUAAAGAUAAUGAUCAAACACGUUCAACAGUAUUUUUAUUCGGUGAUGUUGAACCAGGAUAA